UUUCUCUUUCACUUUUCUUUUCGCUGGGGGUUGGGACUCCCCUGGGUUCGGGGUGCCCACGGGGAAUCCCGGCUGACUCGCUCGUUGCAGUCGAAGCCCAUCGCCACGGAAGGGAGCCGGGUGGCCGCGCCCGUCCGGCUGCGCGGCUUGCCGCCCCCAGCCCUGCAGCCCGGACUCGAUGGAGGAAGUAUUCUGGAUGGAUGGCUGCUGGAAACCCAUUGCCAUAGCCAGCUCUUCUUCAGUACUUAAGGAUUUACCCUGGCAUUGAGUAAUGAGAAUUUCGAAACCACAUUUGAGAAGUACUUCCAUCCAGUGCUACUUGUGUUUACUUUUGAACAGUCAUUUUCUAACUGAGGCUGGCAUUCAUGUCUUCAUUUUGGGUUGUAUCAGUGCAGGUCUUCCUAAAACAGAGGCAACCUGGCAGUUUGUAAUAAGUGAUUUGGAAAAAAUUGACAAUAUUAUUCAAUCUAUACAUAUUGAUACCACUUUAUAUACUGAAAGUGAUGCUCAUCCCAGUUGCAAAGUAACAGCGAUGAAGUGCUUUCUCCUGGAGUUACGUGUUAUUUUGCUUGAGUCCAAACAUCAUCUCCUUAAUGAAACAGUAGAGAACCUUAUCAUCCUAGCAAAUGAUGGUUUAUCUUCUAAUGGGAAUGUAACUGAAACGGGAUGCAAAGAAUGUGAGGAACUGGAGGAGAAAAAUAUUAAAGAAUUUUUUCGGAGUUUUGUACAUAUUGUACAAAUGUUCAUCAACUCUUCUUGAUUAUAAUUGAUCCUCUUCAGCAUUUCUGCUAUUAACAAACAUCUUCCCACGGCUUAAGGGCAAUGAAACUCUCUGCAGUUCACAUGGGCUGCCCAAACCAAUUUUUCUAACAAGAGGAAGAUCCGGAAUUUUGGAUCGGAUGAACUCUUGGAAAUGAAGGCAGAAAAAUGGCAUUGAGUAACAUGGUGUCUAUGAACUGUCCUCAUACUUAUUUUGUUCACUUAGUCUUAAUUUAUUAUUGAAGUUGUACAUAUUUGUAGCAUAAUAUAAAGUAUUGAAUAAAAUUGUGUACCUAC